UAAUGUAGAAUCCCCCUGGCUUUUUACCCCGUCGACUUACCGUCGCCAUGGCGCUGUUACAGGAGCAGUCAAUCUCAGACGCUACUGUCAAAUUUCUUAUUUUGACGAAAAAAUUAUUGUCAGUCACCCAGGAGAGAGGUUGCGACAAGAAAUUGGUUAACUCGUAUCUAACCGAGAUAAACCAAGUAAAUUACAACACUCCGAUAGCCUUUGAUAGCAACGCUACCCUACUUCUGACUAAUCAAUUAUGCUCCGUGGUACAACCGUCGGAACUACAGCUCGUCAAAAACACCAGCCAAUUUUUGGUGAAUCUUGGGCGAUGCGGUGAACGAUUUCAUGGGCGAACUUUCAUUGCUUGCAAAAGAUGGAUUUUGGAAUGUCUCGAGUUUGCCGAUAACACGGCGUACGACGAUCUUCUUCUCGCUCUGCAGAGUCUACUGCGCACUGGACCGUUCGAUAUAAUCAAUCAAGAUCUCAGGAGUUUGUUGGGAAACGGAGGCUUGCUUCUAAAGUUUGUGGCUGUGACUAGUGAAUGGACGGAGACACAAUUUCUCAGUACGUCUUGUCUAGAAGCCAUUCUUGCAAAUAAAGAAAGUAAUGGGGCUAAAAUAUCUCCUGAAUUUCUUCAAAGCAUUCAAAAUAUUGUCAUUGAUAUGGUUUCUUCCGUGUCUUACGAGAGCCAGAACAAACAGCAUUAUAACAAGAUUAUAGGUUCAUCGCUGCGAAUACUACGGGGUAUAGUUGCUGACAAAAGUCUUACGAAAAGUGCGGAUACGAUUGGAAAGAUUUUAGGUGUCGUCCAGAGCUUUAUGUUGCAUGGAGUCAAGGGUUGCCCACCUAUGAAGCCCCACCAUUUACGACCGGCUGCUAUGAACCUGCCAGAAGCAACUCACUCGAUACCCAGAGGAAGAAAUUUUAGAAGCCAGAAGUUAAAAUCGAGAAGACAGCCUAAAAAAGAAACCUCUGAAUCACCAAACAAUGUUUCGCCACAAUUGACAGGAUGCAGUAAUAAGUAUAAUCUCAGUGAUUCCGACACAUCUGACACAGAAACUGUGAAUCCUGCACAUAUGGAGUCUAGAGUUCGUCAGGAAGCUCUGCAGUUGCUGAAUUCUAUUGUUCAAAACACGCCUAGUCGUGAAAUAUUUGGAUACUGGCCACAAAUCGUUGCCAGUGGUUCUAGAGCCGACGCCAGAGUGCUUAUGAGAUGCAUUUUGAAAGAUCCUGUGUCCAAAGUGCGGCAAAUCUCACUUGCUGCCCUGACUGAGCUACUCCUAGGAGCUAAACUGUUUUUAAUGCAUGCCGAAGACGUGGAAAGAUCUUCUUUUAUCACAUUUUUUGGGACUGUCAGCGCCAUGAUUCGGGAAAUGCACUCUGCAUUAUCCCUGCUCCUAAGCACAGAGAAGAACAUUGCUGUUUUAACACACGCUUUAAAAUGUUCUGCCGCCCUGGUGCAAGGCACACCUUAUAGCCGGUUGAAGCCCGGCUUAGCUACAAAACUGAUAAGGAACUGCAGGCUGCAUAUCUUUCACAAAGAUCCUACCGUGCGUGUCGCGGCUCUGUCCGUUUGUGAAGCACUGGCUUUGUCAGAUCCGAUCACUCCUGAGAUAUUGAACAUUCUUCUAAAGCAAACAAAGUCCGAUACAGAUACAGAACUUUCACAGUUGAAUCUCAACACUCCCAGUGACACUGGAACUGAGAAUGAAUUUGAAUUUGAAAAUAUCGAGGAUGAAGAGAGUGACAUCGAUUACGGAUGUGACGAAAGUGCGCAAGACAAGGAAAUCAGUUCACUGCUCUAUGCGUGCCUUAGAAAUGUAUCUAAUCAAGCUGUGAGUGUCCCAGUCCGAUUGGCUUCGGUGAAGUUGAUUGGAGCACUAGCUUUCAAUGCAAGAACUGUAGUUUUCCCACAUCUAGAAAUUGUGGCAACUGCUUUAGUUUCGGCACUUUCUGAGCCAGAAACGCCUGUGGCGUUACAUGCAGGUCGCGUGAUUGAAACAAUAGCUGGCUGUAUAUCAAACUCUGGAUUGAAUGUUAUGGAUGGACAAACGUUUUGGAAUAUAGUUUUCAACCCAGUCGCUAAGCUAGCUCAAAAUUCACAAACAACGUUGAGAGAAGUUGCUUGCGACUGCUUAGGAAAUAUUGGCUCCAAUAUGUUGUCCCUAUUGUCAAGAGAACGCAGUAUAAUGAUCAUAACAACACUAUUUGGAGCUGCGCGAGACGAAGAAAGUGCUGUAAGAGCAGCUGCCCUUAGAGCACUUGGUAUGCUUGUUGAAUUGCCUUCCCUAGAAGAUGAUGUAGGCUUCCUCAUGGACUUGGUGGAUGUUGUCUGUUCUGCAUUGGGUGACAGGAAUCCUGGGGUGAAAGUAAAAGCUGCGUGGACAUUAGCAAAUCUCUGUGACUGCUUGGUGCGACAGGAGGGAAACAGUGACGUUGAACCGAUUCCGCUUGAAGAUGUUUUACCCCGGCUUCACCAAGCUAGUGUAAAAGCAUCCAAAGAUCACGACAAAGUUAAGUGUAAUGCUGUAAGGGCGGUGGGAAGCACGUUGUACCUGUGUCCCGAUAAACAAAUCUUAAGGGAUACAUCGCAGGGAUUAGAUGCGCUUGUGAACUGUGCGGUUACAGGAAACGAUAUGAAGGUGAGAUGGAAUUCCUGUCGAGCUCUUGGGUUUGUGCUCAGUCAUCAUCCAGACAGAAUUCUCCCAUUAACAUGGAGGGACCAGGUAUUUCCAGCUCUAUGUAGCCUCGUCUGUCUCAGUCCGAAUUUCAAAGUUCGUACCAAUGCUGCAUGGGCCCUUUCAGUUUGCCAAUCAUACGGAAAGCACAUCUUGCUAGUGUGGAAAAGUGUUGUGUCAGCUUUAGAGAACUCGCAGCAUGUUCCCAGCUAUGUUGAAUACUCUCAUCGUGACACACUUGUUCAACAGCUCUGCUUCACCCUCAGCCAUCUGGCUGUUCACACUUUGGCUUCAGACUUGCCAGCCCUGUGGGACGAAAUUAAAGACCACAUCGAAGAUACUUCAGUUCAAAUGAAACAGUUUCAAGAACGUGUCCUACCAGAAAAGGCUGGAGAUACAAUUAAAGCAAAGGAGCAAAUGAUAAAAUACUCUCAAAACGCCGCCACAUCACAAGAGAGACAAAUUGCCAACGCAUUGGUUAAAAUUUUCGAGCGCUCUGACUGCUACGACAAUUUAGAAAUUGGUUCAAUAAUAAAUUAUUGUUGAAAAGUUCCUACUCUAGCCAAUAUUUUACAGGUUACCCUGUAUGUAGAACAAAUAUUAUUCCAAAAGAGUUGAUGGAUCUACUACAGUUGAUAGGUACUUUGAGUAAUGAUAA